AUCAUCUCAGUACUUAAGAUAAAUAAACUCAUGCACAAACAGGUGGAGGAGGGUACGUUUAUUGAUUUUUUUUUGUGCUAAUGUAUAAUCAAUUUAGGUGCUCAGAUUCUGGUGUGUAAUUGUAUUUGGAUGUGUUGAAUCACUGUGAUAUUCUAUUGUGAUUACAUUUUUAGGGGUAUUUUACACAAAGGAUCCCACUUUUUGUAAUUCAAUUAGUUUUAGACACAACCUAAAUCUUAUUUCAUGAUAUGUUUGUGAAAGCAGGGAAGGGGGGUUUCCUAUCAUUUCCAUCCCUUGACCCCCGCACCCAUCGUGGUACCCAGCACAUGGAUGAUGCGUAAAGGAAUGGCGCAUCUCUGGGAUGGGUCAAUGAGCAGAUGGAGCCUCGUGCUCCUGCUGUGGAGUGUAGGGUUAAUACCGACUGGAGGGGGCGUGGUUUAGAUCAAUGAUGACCGCCUCACUGUAGUCAACUGUAAAAAAAAAGACAACAAAUAUCCCAGUUUUAACAUCUCUCAGAGCCAGAGCAUCUGCUGCCCACGCUGGACAGCUCCAGCUUCCUGCAGGGAAAAAGACGCUGCCACUUCCACGGGAGGAAAUGAGUUGGCGAUGUGCGGAUCUGAAGGAGGUGCGACUUGAAAGCAGUGUGUGAUCGCCCCUCUGCCUGCCUCGCCCCCCACCACUGACUGACUGAACCGAUCCCGUGGAACAACCAGUUGAGAGGGUCGAUGCAUAAAAUGUGAGCGGAUGGGGAAACACCAGCUGGAUUUGUGGGUGAAGUAAAAAAAACUCGUGCAGGAGGGGAGCACACAGCCUGGGUUCUUCAUCAGGACUGCCUUACGUAACUGGUCUUUGUGCAGGGGCUGGCUGCUGGUGUUUGAUCACGGCGAGGAAUCGCAGGUGAACAGGGAGGAGUUCCUCACAAGUUUCUACACGUCCACACAUCAUGAUCAUCUCCCAGUGAGUACAUCAAGAUGAACGAGGGUCUCAGGCAGGGAGGAGGGGCUAUCACUGUGGAGGCUGAUGUCAUCUGCCACGCCAUGAACUCUGACCUCGUCACACCUCCUGACAAAGUUGGAGAUUUAUGUCAAAGUUACAUCCAAGGAUUACCGCAGGAUGACCAGGGUUUCAGCCCUUCUCCAGUGUCUGAGAAGGAAUACCUGCUGGAUGGAAGACUGAUGGAGAAUAACCUCAUCGAAAGGCAGAAAGGCAACGGCUCGUACUUUUCCAGCGAUGAUCAGUUUCCGAAUGAUAAGGGAGUAGUGCAACAAAAUUGUGCAAGCAGUGAAACGCACAAUGGCGCCAGAGCUAAAGUGUCUUACAGUGCAGAUUCUGCUAUCCAAGCCAAACAGGAAACUGAUUGGUCAGACCUUAAAUUGAACUUGGAGGUCAGGGACAGCAGUCUGGAAGCUGGAAAAACCCACCAUCACGAAGAGCCUGAUUUAGUCAUCGAAGUCGGCGGGCAGAAGAUCAACGCUCACAAAUCUGUCCUGGCAGAGAAGAGCGACUACUUCAAAGCACGGCUGUCACGAGACAUCCUGAAAGUCAAGGGGUUGAGUUACAAGACUUUGUCGACAUUAGUAGACUAUGUUUACACUUCUCAGAUGAAUGUCUCCAAGGCCAAUAUUGUGGAUGUCAUCACAGGGGCUAAAGUCCUGCAGAUGCCCUGUGCCGUACAGGCCGCCAUGGACUCCAUGACCGAACAAAUCACUGCAGAGAACUGCUACGAGAUCCUGAACAUCGCCAAAAAGCAGAGGCUCAGCGAACUGAAGGAGACUGCCUACGGAUUCAUGAGCGACAACUUCCUCCAGGUCCUCAAAGACCCCGCUGUGUACGGGCGCCUCAAUGGGUCUGAGCGAGAUCUGAUCCUGAAGAAGAGGAUGGAGGGGAGGCAGACUCUGAUGGUUGCAGAGAUAAACGAUGUGUUUGAUCGUGUUGGAAGCCGUCCUCCGAGUCGUUGCGGCAGUCGACCGCAGAGCCCGUUGUCCGGUGGGUCUUUGGAAGAUAACCAUAUGAUUUACAAAUUUAACGAAACGGCAAAUGACUGGAGACCUUUAACUUCCAUGCCUGAGGACAUUAACACUAAAGGGUGCGGGAUCUGCACCAUGUACAACUACCUGUUUGUGGCCGGGGGGAUAAAGGGCUACGGGGAGAAGGGCAAAGUGUCAGACAAGGUCUUCUGUUACAACCCCAUAACCAACAACUGGGCCGAGAUCAAACCUAUGACCCAAGCUCGCUCCCAGCUAAAGCUUGUGUCAAUGGAUGGCCACUUGUACGCCAUUGGAGGGGAAUGUUUGUUUACAGUGGAAAAAUAUGACCCUCGCAUGGACCGAUGGACCUCCGUGGCCCCCUUACCCAAAGGAGCCUUUGCAGUGGCCCACGAAGCCACGACCUGCGGCGGAGAACUUUACGUUUCAGGAGGCUCGCUCUUCUACCGCCUCCUGAGGUACGACACCAAGAGGGACGAGUGGCAGGAGUGCCCCUACAACAACAGCAGGAAGAAGUCCAGCGACAUGGUGGCCUUCAAAAGCUUCAUUUACCGAUUCGAUGUCAACCGCGAGCAGGGCAUCACCGUGGUUAAGUACAACAGCAUAGUGAAGAUGUGGCACGAUUGCGCAUCACAGAAGCUCGGAAGCCAUUUACCCUUCAGGUGUGCCGUGAUCGGGAACUGCAUCUACUGUGUGAACAAGAGCCAGACUCUUCAGUUUGUAGUGGAGGAAGACAACGCCUUCUUCGUCGAGGAGCUGCUCAGGGCGCCUCUGGAGGCAAAAGGCGUUCUUUUUCCUUUUGUUCUCACUUUGCCAGAAAAGCCUGAAAAAGUUACAUAGUGUGUGUGUGAUCAGAGUAAUUCAAUAAAUGUGUCAUAGCGAAACUGGAAUAAGCAGAAGACCUUAUAUAAACUCUUCAAUGUCAGCUCUCUAUCUCGGUGUCUCAUUGCCUGCUACCAAUGGAAUGUGUGUAUUUGCAUGGCAACUUAACGUGUCUGCAGGCCUUAAAAAGAUUUUUAAAGUGAAUGAAUGCAACUGUAUUUGUAUCGGACUGUAGAUUAUGACAUGAUGACAGUGACUGUAGGCUCUUUUGUGUAUUUCCCGUGUUCAGUGUGGUUUGGUGCACUUUUACAGUUAGAAUAGAUUUUAUUUAGAACAUAUUAACUAGAUGGCUGGUGACAAGAAGUUAUUGAAAGUUGUAUAAACAAAGAAUGGAAACAGUUGUAGUGCGCCUUAUGAAUGAUGAAACACAGGUUCUAUGCAAAUGAGAGAAUAUACAUGUCAGCUGUAAGGCUAUUUAAUAGUUAUAGUUUAAUGGGAAUCUGACUGGAAAGGAACCUUCCUUCAACCAGGGCUGCAACUAAUGAUUGUUUUCAUUAUUUUUCAUUGAUUUAUUGUUUGGUCAACAUUAUGUUAGAUAAUUUUUAACACCCCAAGAAGAUGCUUUUAAGGGUCUUGUUUUAUUCAACCAACGCUCCAUAGCCCAAAGAAGUUUGGUUGGUUGGUUUUAUUUAAAACAUUUUUAGAAUGAUGAAUGAUCAAUAUUUUGUGUUAGUAAACCACAAAUUGUUGCAGCUCUACCUCGAAACCUGGUCUUCUCGGGCUUUAAAUUAUAACAUGUGAAUCAAAGGUAAAUUAUCAUAAGUAAAAGGGCAUCAGAAUCAUUAUUAUACUGAACAAAUACUCCCUUUGCAAAACUCUCUUCUCCAAAAAGGUCAAAGCAAUCUUGUCAGAAAUAUAAAACAAGAUGCUUUAGAUUCUUUUUUCUAAAUUAUUCAAAAUAUAACUGUUAUAAGUACAUAAAUAUUGACUUUUAGAUUUAGAAAAUGCCAUUAUGUUUGAAGUGCAUACUCACGGGUAUCACAGGUCCUACAUUUAGCACAUUUGCCAAAGAUAAUGAUUCUGUAGGGCUAAAUCUAUCAGAACUGACUUCUUCUGUGUGGAUUCAAUUAUUUAUAAAAAUGGUUCCACUGAACGAAAACAAUAGUCAGUUGUGUAAGAAGAGACGUGCUGAUAACAGGCUUUCAGAUUACACAAAGACUCAUCCCUUAUCUUUUAUUUUCUUGUAUUUGCUUAAGGAAAAAGCAAUGGAGCCAAGUUCAUGCUCCAGCAGGUUUCUUCCCAGACUAAAGCAGGCCCACCCUUGAGGUCAAAGGUUAAAUCAGAUACUGUUUCACAUUGCUACUACAGUGAACACCUCUGUCCACAAACUAGAUUUUCUUAACAAACUCUUUUCUGUUUUCAUCAUUUUGAAUUAGUACCAACUAAAUGUUAUUUUUUUAAACAUUAUAAAAGUGUUUUUCUGCUGCAACAACACAAUGGGAGUUUUGUAUGGAACCUAAUGCUGGUUUAUUCUUGGAACAAAUUGCUUUGAUAACAUUUGUAGGAAUGUCUCCAGGCAGUCACUGUGAGGAGGACAGAGUGGAUGUGGUUUUUGAUAUUUUGCUGGCUGGCUAUUGUGAUUUUUUUUACAUGGAUUUGCUGCUGUGAUGGACUGUAAAGUGAUGCAGUGCUAGGCUUCCUGUUCAAUGCAUACGGAGUGGGCUAAGAAAAGCUGUUGGAUAAUGUGUAUCAGUCAGAACUAAGUGCUUAAAAUAAAAGAUUUUGUGUCU